AGACUCAACUAUUAAAGCAAGAUCUCGAACGCAAAAGACAUUAGGAACCCGUUAUCUGCGACUUUCUCUGCGUCCACAAUUUCGGAUCAGCGUACAACAGACCAAAACUAAUGCGCAGGGUGCCUACUGCGCAAUAAUAAUUUACAGUUUCUAAGGCGAAUGGCAACCGCUCAAUAAUUAUUUUCCUUUUCACAAAUAACGAUUAUGUGAUCAAUCCCCACCCUUCUAUAUAACUAAAGAUUCACUUGCAAUGCUUGUUCCUAUUUUUACCCUCAAACUGGGCCAUAAGAUUCAUCCUCGAACAGCAGCGUUAGGUCGUUACGAUGGAAGACAUCCAUGUCUGACAGCAGGCACAACUGCUGGAAAGGUUUUUAUCCACAAUCCCCACAGUGGCACCCUUCAGGGAGGCAGAGCAAUUGCAAGUCAUGAUACUGACAUUAGUAUUUUAAACAUCAACCAACAAGUUUCUGCUGUUGCAGCUGGUCCCUUGAACACCUCUGGAUGUGACACGCUUCUUGUUGGUACACCCACAAACUUCUUAGCCUAUGAUGUGGAGAACAAUUCUGACCUGUUCUAUAAAGAUAUUGCAGAUGGAGCCAAUGCAAUUGUAACAGGCAGACUUGGAUCUUUUGAGAAUCCUUUGGCGAUAGUGGGUGGAAACUGUUCAAUUCAAGGAUUUGACUUUGAAGGCAAUGACGAAUUCUGGACAGUGACAGGAGACAAUGUGUGCUCCUUGGCAAUGUGUGAUUUUAACAGUGAUGGAUUGGCAGAGUUACUUGUUGGCUCAGAGGAUUUUGACAUCCGAGUUUUUAAAGAAGAUGAAAUUAUCGCAGAAAUGACUGAAACUGAGUCUGUAACCUCUCUAUGUCCAAUCCGAGGAUCUCGAUUUGGUUAUGCUUUGGGAAAUGGUACUGUGGGAGUUUAUGACAAGACAGCAAGAUACUGGAGAAUAAAGUCAAAAAACCAAGCAAUCACCAUUCACAGUUUUGAUCUUGAUUCUGAUGGAGUGCCAGAGCUCAUCACUGGUUGGUCCAAUGGAAAGAUUGAUGCUCGUAGUGACAGAACAGGGGAGGUGGUGUUUAAAGAUAACUUCUCUGCUGCUGUUGCUGGUAUACUUGAAGGAGACUAUCGUAUGGAUGGAAAAGUGGAACUCAUUUGUUGUUCAGCAGAGGGGGAAGUUCGUGGGUACUUGCCAGCAUCUGCUGAAAUGAAGGGCAACUUGAUGGAUGUCAAUGUUGAACAAGAUGCACUACGAGACUUGGCACAAAGAAAACAGAAUUUAUUGUUGGAAUUGAAAAACUAUGAAGAAAAUGCUAAGGUUGGAAAGGUUGGAGGUCAAGAGGUGGAUCAAUCACAGAUGGGAGUCAUACCAGCCAGCACUCAACUGCAGACCUCACUGUUGGUAAACCCAGGAAGUGAACAAGUUCAGCCACAUGUGCAGCUCUCAAUUUCAACUACCAAUGAAACUAUUAUCCGGACUGUGAUGAUAUUUGCUGAAGGAGUGUUUGAGGGGGAAAGUCAUGUUGUCCAUCCCUCACAACAAAAUUUAAAGUCAUCUCUUCAAGUUCCAGUGUUCCCACCCAAAGAUAUUCCUGUUGAUCUUCACAUCAAAGCUUUUGUUGGCCAGAAAUCCAGUAACCACUUCCAUGUUUUUGAGCUUACAAGACAGCUACCUAGAUUCACCCUGUACAUACCUUGCCCAGAUGGUUAUGCUGAACCAAAAUCCAGCUGCUGCUUCCAUAUUAAUGAAAGAGUGAACAGGGCUGUUAUGUGGCUAAAUCAGAAUUUUCUCCUCCCGGAUGAGAUAGAGAGUAAAGAUGGGGACCUUGACAUAAUGUUCUUGUCUCUGAGAACUGGUAACCCCUUGGCAAUCAAAAUGGAUCAAAGUGGAAAUGUGAGUGUCAAAACAGAUGACAUGGAUUUAGCAGGUGAUAUCAUUCAGGCACUCGCAACCUUCCUGGGAAUUGAGGACUUACAGACCACUGCAGAAUUUCCGGAGCAUUUGGAAGAACUUCGUGCGGUGUUGCUUAAGGUAGACGAGCUGCAUGCUGUGAGACAAAAACUGACAGCUGAGAUGGCAGAUCACUCCAAUUUGAUCAGAAGCUUGGUUGUCAGAGCUGAAGAUGCCAGAUUAAUGGGAGACAUGAAAAACAUGAGAAAAGGCUACAUGGAACUGUAUGACCUGAACAGAGAUUUAAUCAAUGGCUACAAGAUCAGAUGUAAUAAUCACACAGAGCUUCUGUCCUGUCUAAAACUUGUCAAUCAGGCCAUCCAACGAGCUGGAAAGCUCAGAGUGGGCAAAGCUAAAUCUCAAGUUAUUGCAGGCUGCCGACAAGCGAUCAAGAACAACAAUGUCAACGGCUUGUUCAAGAUAAUCAAAGCUGGUUCCCUAUGAAGUCUCACCGUCACAGUUCCUAAAGCAUUUAUUAAACUUCAGAGGCCGGUUUUUUAAAUAGCUUUUGAAUCCGGCUGCGGUUUAGACAAUCGGCAGUCCCGUGAGCUCUUUGCAUGUGGGUUGUUGGAAUGAAAUGCGUGUUUUCCAGUGUUCAUUAGAACCGUCCUUGACAUUGCUUUAACAAAAUCAACGUUUAGAUUCAACGUUUGCCUUUAUUGAGGGCUGUUUAAAAACUGGUCGUGGUAAAAAAAAAAACGGCUUCACUCUGUUUCAGAAUUUUGCCCAUUGAAAGUUGUUCUUAAGGUUAUGUUAGAUGGCCUUCAAAAAAUUAAUUAAUUUAUGAAGAAGAGGUAAAUUGUACUUGCCCUACGGGCUCGUGCAAUUUUGUUGUCUUUGAAAGAUUUCCUUGUGCUUAUUAACACCAAAUUGCACUCGAAAUUAUGUCAUUAUCUACUCUUAGUACUGAGUGCGUCUGCUUUACAGGCUACAUUAUUUUAAAGGUGCGCCCACAGAAGUGGUGUAACCAGCCGGUUAAAAGCCUUUGAUGCUGAAUCUUGAGGCAAUCUCGAGAGAAAUGAGAAUGAAAUUGUGGAUUAAUUUUUCCUUCGUUCGCUGCUCCGCAGCCUUCAUCUUCUUUGAGUGCCCACAUUGUAAAUAGUAUCAAGGCGCAUGGAAUGCUUAUUCAGUAAAGGCUGUAAGAUUUGAAAAAUUGAUCAAAUUUCAAUGGUGGCUUGUGUUUAGGGUG